AAAUUCAAAAAACGACACAACGACUCUCCUUCCUUCUUCUCCAUUUUUUUGUUAAAUCAGCGAUUGUUAAUUCUGGAAAAAUAAUCCAAAAACCAAAAAAUCUAAUAAACCAAAUGGUAUGCGGUUUUCUGAAUCAAGAGUUAGGGUUAGGGACAAUCACGAGAUCAGCGGUGAGAUUUCUUGAUCAGACGGUGUGCAGAGCUAUGGGGUGUUUCUUCCAAUGCUUUGGCGUCAGAAACGAUCGUUCCCGCCUUCAUCUCGUCUCUUCCUUGUCCAAAUCCACCGAUCAUGCAGUUUCUCGAGAUCGCCUGUCAUCUCUCUUUGUUGAUGGUGAGAAACGGAAAUCUUCAUCCAACGAUUUGGAUUCUCCACAAAUUGAUAAACGUCUCAUUGAUGAGGCAAAAUUCCUCAAAGCUUGUGGCACGAUACCAGAGACUCCGGUUGAAAUUCGCAAAGCAUGUCAGAAGUUUAAACAGUCCCCACCUUGUGGUGUAGAAUCAGAGACUUCUAAAUUCCGUUCUUGGCUUCCAAACACACCCAUUGAUAAGUUUAAGUUGGAUAAGCAAUCUGAUCACCCGCCUACUCCAAAUAAACUUUUCGAGGAGUUGGAAAGGUCAGAUUCUCCGGUGAACACUCCUAGCAGUUGUAUAUCGGAUGCAGCAAACACUGGGAUGUCCACCAUGAUUUCUAUUGAAGGUAGUGAGGCGAUGACUACUGAUAAAACAGUCAAGAGCGGUGUCAUCUCAACUUCAGCUUAUGGAAAGAACAAGUCUGUGCGGUUUGAAUGUGAAUCUUAUGCUUCUUCUUCUAAAAUUGAAAAUAUUGGUCAAAAUCCAGAGAAACUUGAACCACUAGGCUAUCUAAGUGCAUCAAAAUACUCACCAAACCCAACCCCGUCAAAGCUUUCUGAUGAAAUGCAAACCCCAGGAACUGUUUUUCCCUCAAACUUGGAAAAAUUGGCAAAUGGGAAUACUAGGAUCCGAUCUGAAUAUGUUCAUUCGGUUUUGAAUCCGGUUGGGAAUGCCUCUCUGUUGAAUGCAAUGAAGGAAGAGCCAUUUAGUUCCAAAGAGAUGUUUGAUGAGCUGAAAGAAUCCCCUGAACGAUUAGAAAAUGCCAUCCCAAAGCUAGAAGUGGGAGUGAAACAAACUUCACUUUUGAAAGAUUCAGAGGAUGAAGGAGGCUUGUCUUCUUGGCUGAAGCCGAAACAGAAUGCCAUUGAUGGUCCUAACAAGAAUCUUCAUGUCACAUUCAGCAAAACCCCUCAUAUUAGUAAAACCCCAGGGGAUAGACCCAUCAUUGGUUUGGUGGCUGCUCACUGGAAAGAAGAUGAAUCUUCCCGCAUCUCACCCAAGUGGUGGGAUGGCAAUGGAAUCCCAAAUUCAACUACUAAAUACAAGGAGGAUCAGAAAGUGGCUUGGCAUGCAACCCCAUUUGAAGAAAGGCUGGAAAAGGCUUUGUCAGACGAGAGUCUCAUCUCUCAGAGGAAGCAUGUUGAACAACCACUGAUGUGGCUUGAUGUGGUUGAUGAAGGGGACGCAGCUCAGUCUCAGCUGCGACCAGCUUCACAUUCCAAGUCAGUCGUUUCAUUCUGACUGUAGCUAUCUUGCUUUUCCUUAAAAUCUCAGGUUUACAUUUGAUGAA